CUGAAAUAUCGAUCUGAAAAAAAAAUGGAUUCAAUCUCUUCUCAGCCUCCUUCUCCUUCUUCUUCUAACAUAGAUCGUAAUAAAAAUCAUGAAAUGAGACAAAGUUAUGGAAAAGAGCUCUUCAACUACAUCAUGAAAGGAGAAUGGGACAAAGUUGUGGAACUAUAUAAUGCCAAACCGAAGGCUCACGGAGCAAAGGUUACCAAUUCAGGCCACACGGCGUUGCACUUGGCCAUAUCAGACUAUAAAGAAGACGUUGUCGAACUUCUUGUAAAUCAUAUUAGGGAGAAGAACACGGAAGACGUGCUAGGAAUAAAAAACGAGCAGGGCUGCACUCCUCUCCAUUUCGCGGUGUCAAUGGGCAGUGUUCGAAUGUGCCAAUGUAUUUUGGAUGCGGACAAUUCACUCAUCGGAGUCCAAAACAACAAGGGCGAGACGCCACUCUUUUGGGCUGUUCUCUACGGCCAAAAAGAGGCUUUCCUUUGCCUCGAUUACUACUGCCGCCGCUUCUGGAAGGACAAGUUUAGCGAGCAGGCAUAUACUUAUUGUCGAAGGAAUGAUGGGGAGAAUAUUUUGCACUGUGCCAUUAUGGGGGAGUACUUCGAUUUGGCGCUUCACAUAAUAGACCUAUACAAGGAUCUUAUAAAUUAUAGGGAUGAGAAAGGAUUUCUGCCACUACAAACUCUGGCCACAAAGUCUUCUGCUUUCAAAAGUAGCCAUACCUUUGGACGAUGGGACAAAUUCAUUUAUAAUUGCAUAUUGGUGGAAGAGCUGAAAAUAGAACAUUACGAUGAUAAGAAGAGAGGUGGACCACCCAACGAAAAAACCAACUGCUAUCCUAAAAACUAUCAAGUGUGUGCCAAUUUCUUUGAGUUGCUUAAGAGAGCCAUUCAAGUUGUGACAAACACAGGUGGUUGUAAGAGUGGAGAAUGCCUAAAUUGUGAUCUAGAGAACAAUGCCAUGCAGUCUCACAGUGAAUCAUCAGCGGAUAGGUUUUGCUCUCUCAACAAUAUCAUCUGCGUUGAGUUUGCCAAGUUGAUAUGCAAGGCAUUCUUAGUUGUUGUGGGACUUGGAUAUUCGAGGAUACAUAAGCUGAGAGAAGAUAAAUUGAAGCAUACAUAUGCGGUUCAACUAUUAGAGAAACUCUUGGAUUCGACUACAAUGUAUGAACACUCUGGGUCUAGGCAACCAGGGACGAAUGUUGAUGAUGAGGAGCUAUACAAUAUUAAUGAAAAUGGUGAAUUUGAAAAAGGUGAAGGGAAUGAUGAAUCAGCAUUACUACUUGCUGCAAAAAAUGGGAUAGUCGAAAUGGUUGAGAGAAUCCUGCAACUUUUUCCUGUGGCCAUUCUAGAUGUGAACAGAGAUAAGAAGAACAUAUUUUUGUUAGCGGUGGAGAACCGACGACUGAAGGUGCUGAAGAUUUUGAAAGAAACAACAGACAUUUACUCCAAAAAGCUUGUGUUUCGAAAAGUAGACAAGGAUUGGAACUGUGCAUUACAUUUGGCUUCUGUCAAAAACCCUAGGCCAUGGCCAAUUCCUGGUGAUGCUCUGCAAAUGCAAUGGGAGAUCAAUUGGUACCAGUACGUAGAAACCUUCAUGCCACCAAGAUUCUUUCUUCGCACCAACACGAAGAAUGAGACUCCUGAUGAAGUCUUCACCGAAAACCAUAAAGAGCUUGUGAAGUCCGGUGGUCAGUGGCUGACAAAUACUGCCACGGCUUGCUCAGUCGUGGCAGUGCUCAUCGCAACAGUUGCAUUCGCCACCUCGACCACUGUCCCUGGUGGGAAUGAUGAAAGUAGUGGCAAACCAAAGUUGGAAAAUCAUUUGGCUUUCCAAUUGUUUGCAAUUUUCUCACUAGUUGCACUAUGCUUCUCUAUCACUGCCUUGGUCAUGUUCCUAUCCAUCCUCACAUCUCGAUACCAAGAAAAGGAUUUCGGAAAAGAUCUUCCAAGAAAGCUCUUUUUAGGGCUAACAUCACUCUUUCUGUCCAUAGCUUCCAUAAUUGGUUCCUUUUGCUCAGGCCACUUCUUCGUGCUUGAAGAUAAGCUUAAGUAUGCAGCCUUUCCUGGGUACGCCGUGACAUGUUUGCCGGUAACCAUUUUUGCCUUUGUCCAAUUUCCACUAUAUGUUGAUCUUAUGUAUGCUACUUUUAUGAGUGUAUUUUAGGGUCUGAUUGGUUCGCGAUUAGAAAACUGUAUUUUUGAAAAGUGGGAUUCUGAAAUGAAAAUCUGAAUUUAGUGACUGAAAACAUGUUUCCGAAAAUGUGAUUGGU